CGUACGGCCGGUGUGAUAAGUUUGUCAGUAUCUUGUCAUUGUCACAGUCUGGGAAGCGUGGUUAUUCAUUUCACAUCCGGCUGUAAAUAUUACAGACCCGUGUUACCGUUCUGCGUGGCGGAUCUCUCGCAAAUCAUAGUGGCGAGAGGCUGCUAUUUUCCUGAAAUCUUCCUCAGAAAGUUGUAAACAAUGCCUUCAGCGAGCGAUAACUUCUUCGAGCUUAAAGACUGUGUCUUUAUUAGAGGUUUUCCCGCAAACGUGAACUUCACAGCGUCCGACAUCAGGAAGUAUUUUAAUGACAGAGUUGGAAAAUGCUGCGUGGAGAUGACUGCUCUUUCCAAAGACAAAGGUCGGUUGUUCAUCGUCCUAAAAUUCGAUAGCAAAGCAGCUGCGCAAAAUGCCAUUGAAAGGUUCAGUGGGAAACAUGUCUUGAACUAUAAACUGAGACUGAACUUUUGGAGAGCCCCUUUAAAUAUGGUGCGCUCAGAAAGAUCAAGCAGAGACUCGUAUGAAAAGUAUCACCAAAGAUGGGACCACAAUGUAAGAUCUGAUAAAGAACCUGAAGAAUCAUUGAGACACCACAAGAACUCAACCAGAGAGCAGAAUUCCCACAGUACAAACCACUUGCCUAGAAAUUCCAUGCCUUAUGAUGAUCACGUGGAAUUCAAAAAGGAGUCCGAUAACUUCAGAGGGUUUCAACAACAUACUUAUAUGGACAGAUAUGAAACAAAUGAUGAUUUUAAAAAUUACCAAGAAAAAAAUGAAGAAUAUUCACAAGAUCGUUGGAGUAGUGACAGUGGACGCGAAAGACAAUAUCCAGUACUUGACCUUGACUGGAGUGAGUGGGAAUCUAACUUAAGAGGCAGCAGUGAAAACCUUUCAGAGAGGGGGUUCUAUGAGAGAGAACAGGAAUUCUUGCAUUCUCGUGGCGACAAGUUUUGGCGAGAACGUGAAGCUGACCAAGAAAGACGCCCAGAACUUGUUGAUGAAGAUUUUACCAAAGAUUAUGAUGAUAACUUUUUUCAAUGCGAAAACUACUUUGAAUUCACCGAUAACCAUCACGCGCACAACGAGAGGUUAUCACCAGUAAAAGCAGAGGGCAAAAGGGAUCAAAGAGGAGAUCGAUUCUGCGCAAGAAACGAUAGAGAAUGGUUUGGAAACAGAGAAUUUACAGAAGAAACCCGACGCAACUUCCCACCGUCCGAUCAAUCAGCAGAGUGGCCAAGAUGGGAGACAGUUGCCCUUAGCAACCAAACUAGAAAGCCAUUUAACCUAGAUGUCAUGAAGGACACGCCCACACACGUGACACGGGGUUUAAACCCAAGAGUCUCACCUCCGCCAGACGGAAGACCAAGGUCAGACGAGUGGGUGAGGAACAUUACCAGAAAUUUCCGUAGCAAAGAUCGGCAUAGUGCUUCGCCUGUGAACAUUCGCUCUCAGACGUUUGGUCGUGCUGGCUCUCCGCUUGCAGGUAAUACUUCAUCACAAACAAUUUCUGACUCUGCUCGCUCAAGAAAAGGUCGUGGUAGUAUUUCUCCUGUAAGAAACAGGCACUCCACCAAUGGAAGAAGCAAUAGGAGUUGUUCAGUCGACAAAGGGUUUGGUUCCAAAACUCAUGAAUCCUCACCAAUGAAUGGGAGAUUAAGUUAUUCCUACAAUGAGCAUAGCUUUGGAAGAAAGACGAGAGAAAGUCGAAGUUUCUCACCAAACCCAAAUACUAAGACGUCUUGGCCGAGAGGACAUGGUAACAAUGGUAAGGAGGUCGACCUUCGACGUUCUUUUAUGAUGCAUCAACAAGGAAAACAUUCAUCUUCGCGAGAAAGAGAUAGAGAAGUCAGUCUAAAGCACUCGCCCAGAAGGACGAGAAGCUCUCUGGAGAAAUAUAAGGUCGAACCAUCCUCUUGUCGACAAGCCAUAAACAGGAAGAGACGUAAUGAAGACGACCUCAGAAGAGACGACAGAACUAAAAGAAGGAGACAAACAAGUUCAGGCAUCUGUGACAAUGCGUCAAGCCAACUUGGAAACGGGAACAGUGAUUCCACCCGGAAGAGACAUAAAAGAGAAACUGAUGAGAGAAUAAAGUUAUCACCUCGAGAUCGUGAACGAAAAGCAAGACGGUCGAGAGAUCCUGCAGCAAGUAAUUCGAACACAAGGAGAGCAGAUCGUUUUCUAAGUGACCUGGCUGUAACUUUGGCCCAGGGCAAGGUUCUCAACAAAGGACCAGAAGCUAACUUACGUGCUUCAAAAGGGAACGCAUCAACCAGUGGUAAUUCCAUUGAAGGAAAGUGUCGUGGAAAUAAAACAAGGCUCCCUAUAAACCCAGCCAGUGAGUCAGAGGGAUCCAGACCUGGUGAGAGGAGGUACCACGAGCAAGAGAAGGCAGCCGCUGCCUCGGACAAAAACAAACAAUCUUCAAACGUAGAGGAGGGUAUCAGCUGUGCGGAAUUAGCAAUGGAGGGGGACAAUGAAGAGAGUAUCAUUGAAGCAGAAGUUUCAUCUUGUAAUGAACCUUCAGACCAGGAAGAAGAAGAGGAAACUGACGGAAAUGAAAGUUCCAAUUUGUCGGAGGAUGAUUCAGAACGUGCGGAUUCAUAUGAGAAUAGUAUCUCUUUCGAAGAUGACUUUUUGGACGUAGAUGAAGACUUAAGUUCUGUUAUUGAUGAUGAGAUUGAUGAUGACAUGCCUGAAAUCAAUGACAUUGAUGGAGACGGAACUGAUGAAUGCAGCGAAUGUUCUAAAUUGUCGACAGGAAAUUCAGAAAAUGCUGAUCACUUCGAGAUUACGGGGAAAGGAUUACAACGUAACAACUCUUCUUCAGAUGAGGAAUUUUCGAAACUGAACUUGGCAGAAGAAUUGAUGGAAGUUGUUCACACUGCGGAUUUGCGUGAUUUCCGGUCUCUUGAGACUUUGGAAAAACUGGAUUACGUUGAGACGUUGUCAGAAAAAGAAAACAAAACCUCUCACGAUGACCAAGUAACGAACUCAGAUGAGUCCUUUCAAGAGUUGAUUCUCAAACAGAAGGUCAAGGAGCACACAGAAAAUGUCAUACACGAGGAAAGUAUGUCAACAACUGCACAUCAUGCUCACGGGGAUAUUUCUUCUGUUCAAGGGAAGCCACCUGAAUGGGAAGAAGGUAAAGAAUCUUGUCAUCUAAAUGCGAAAUGUAACAUGGGUAAGAACGCAAGCCAGGCACUUUCUGUGGAAGUAUCGUCAAGGACCCAAGUUUUGAACAUGUCACCCGACAACGUAUUGACUCGUGAUGAAGACAAGGCUGAUGGAAGCUUAUGCCAGAAGGAGGAGCGCGAGGCAAUGUACCGAAGUAAGGAAAACUAUCAGGAGGCUGAUGUGGAGUCUGUUCCAGAAGAUAUUACCCGUGAUCGAACCUCGUCAACUAAGAUUUCUUGUUUCCCUGGUACGUUAAGUAACACAGAAACUGAUUACAGGCGUGAUGACAAAUUUAACCCACAAUUUAUAGACAGGAGGAGCGGUCCUAAAGUGCCUCUUUCAGUAACAAGCUGCAACAGUACGAAGGACAAUUCAGGUCCCUUAAAUGAGGGAAGUUAUAACGAGGAGAAAUCUUAUUGCAACGGGAGUGAAAACCUAGCAGUAUGUACCACUGAAAGCGAGCGUGUACGUGACAGCAUAAGAAAAACGAAAGAAGGUCAAUACGAGCUAAAGAGUAAUAACCGGAAACAUUCUAAUGGUGCUGAUAAUGAGGAUAAGAGAGACCAAAGAAACGUAAAAAGUUGUGAUUUGGAUCCACUUAUCAAUAACAAAAGUGAUGUCAAGACGGAAACCUCUCGUAGAGUGCUGCCCCUUAAAAAACGUGAAGAUACUAUUACGUAUGCCACAUUCCAAGAUAAGUUUUUGUGCAAGCAAGGAGAAGUUUAUAUCCCUGGAGAAGCUCGGGUAGCACGAAAAGAAGUCUGUCAUAACAACGAAGAUGGUCUCGUUCAUAACUGGAAUGUGAAAGAUGUUAGACUACCUGAAGGCUCUACUUCGGACAGAGAACAAGAUUUGCCUAAAGAGGGAGCUGUUGUGAAAAAUGGUUUGGACGGAGACAGUGACGAUUUCGAGGAUCAUCUCGGUCAAGAACAUGCAAUGCACCAUGCGGAAACUUUAAAUGACACCAAAACAAAGGUAGGUUCUCGUGACGUUUCUAACUCUCGAGAAGAAAAAGAUUUGGAAAGCCGUAGGCGAAGCGAAGAGGUCUUCCCGUCUGUGAAAGACGAUAUCUUCUCAGGGACUGCAGAUCUUCAACGUGUUGAUAUGGAAAUAAGCUUAGAAGGGGAGAUUCCUGACGUUUCGAAAGAGUUAUCACUGCGUGUGGAUAAUGACACCGUUGCUGAGGAUGGUGAUGGAAAUAGACCUUAUUCUCCCAGCAGUCCAACCUGGACAAGUGAGGAACACCGCUCCCCACUCCCAAAAGAUGACAUGUCGCUCUAUUCCCCGAGUCGCCCAACAAGCGUGAGCGGAAGUGACGCACAACGAAGUAUCAUCGUCGAGGACUUGUCUAACGAGGACCGUAACUAUGAUGGCAUUGAACCAGUCUUUGAUUCCAUGGAGGUGGGUUGUGAUUUACCAGAGAAGGAAAAUGUUACGGUCAACAGCGGCAUCACAAAAGGGCCAUUUACAAGUUCUUUCAUAUUUUGUAGCUCACCAAAAUCUGAAUCUGAAUUACUUCAAGGGCAAUCAAUACUCGAUAUAACUGAGGAAAAUAUUUUACGAAGACCUGCGAUACCAAAUAGCAAGAUAGAAAACCGCAAAGUGAAGGACGAGAACGGUAAGUGUGAUGAAGACAGCCUUGGCAACGAUAGUGAGAUUUUGUCAAAUAACCCAGGCACGGAAAAGAUUUCUAAAGACGAUCUGAGGUACAUGAAAUAUCAAGAGGGAACAAAUGACCUUGUACCACUUGCCUCUGUGGAUGUCAAGCCUAAAAUAGAAUAUAUAACAGCUACAAAGCUGCAUAAAGCUGAGGAUGUUAAAGUUUUGUUAGAAAAUUCUGUUAAAGAAAAGAAUGAUAACGAUGACUGGAAGUCUUUAAGAUGCCAAGAGAGAACGCAAAGUUUGCCAACCUCUGCUACCAUGGAUGUGAUACCUAAGAAAGCAUUUGUAACCUCCGCCAAAACUUACCUCGUUUACACUGACAGCGGAACUCGGCACAAACCCCGCAUAUUUUAUGCUACUAACGAUACUACUGCUAGACCUGCGAGGUCUCUCUCCUUGGAUACAGCGUGGUCUUCGGAUGAGAACCCUGAACAAGGCCCCAGCAAAGCAUCAUCAAACAAUGAAGAGGAACGACGGCAAUCAGCUGCUAAAAGAGCUGAUAUAACAAUCAGAAGGGAGGAGGAAAAUCCUGAUAGUCUUGUCGAACCAUCGUUGUCUAGUGGGCCAUGUAGCUGGGAUUCGCCUUUAAAACUUAACGGAGAUAUGUCUGAGGAUGGUGAUCAGAGUGUUACUCUAGUCCGUGGUUUAUUCGUCAAUUUAAGGUCUGAUAACAUGGCUGUGUUACCGGAUCCAGGACGUGAGAAUUGUGCCGAUGCAAGAGUGACAAUGAGUGCAAAUACAGCGUCAACUACCUCUUCUCCCUGUUCAGGUGACAUUAUUUUGGCUCCUAGCUCAGAUCCGGGAAAUGAAGAGUCAUUACCCAUACGGACGCCAUUGCAGCCGACAGAUAAAGAGGCGCCUGUUAAAAACGACGGAAGAAACUCGCCGAGCUGCUUGUCCCAUAAUGAGGUGUCGUUAGAUAUCCAAGCACUAUGUGGGACGAAUAAAAAAGACUUCUCCCCAGCUACUGACCAUCAUCUUAAUACCUCGUCGCAAGUAGCCAAAACAACAAAAUCGGUAUCAAACUUGGCUAUUUCUGAUAUCAGUAAUGACAACUUAAGGCCUGAUGAGCCUUCGGUAACCUCUGUAGUGACCAGCAAUAUGCCUGUUGCAUGUGGACGUGACGACCAGAUAGUGUCUCUGCUGAUGUGUUCCGAUGAUAUUCAGAGUGCAAAUGCGGAGAUGCAAGGUAAAAAUGAAAAUGACUUUCAAACUGAAUUCUCUUUGGGAGGAAUCCAACGGCAGGCUUCAGUUAAUCAAAAUGGAGACAACACAUGUCAUUCAACCCCUGCUAUCAUUAAGAGGCCCCGCCCUGACUCCAGUGAAGAACCUUUUCACACCAGUAAAGUGGCUCGGAAAGCUCUCAAACUUAUCAUGCCAACAGAUCGAACUCCUAAUCCCCGUGGGAAGGCGAACCCAAAUUCUGCUCUCUUCACAAGAUAUUCUAAGAAGACCAGCUCUUGUACAAUGACUUCCGCUGACUUGGCUAUCGUCGCAGAGAGAAGCCCUGCGCACGUUGUGGUUGGCGAUGCCCUUUUCACUAAUAAACGAAAUCAUGUUGGUAAUGAUGUGUGCGCAGAAAAUGAUUCCAGUUGUAGGAAUAUCAGCAUAGACAACAGAGACAGUCACACUUUAAAGAAUGACGGUUUUACUCUUGCGCUGAAAACUGGUAUGUCACCGCCAACGACGAAUAUCGAAAGUCACAUGCAAACUCAGUCAUUUGUUGCUGAUAUUAGUGUCAAAGAUCACACAGGCACGAGGAUCUUGUCGGACUUUGAGGCUAGCUGUAGAAGAAAAGAAACUGACCUGGUCGCUUUCAAGAUGGAAAAGCUUCGGAAAAAAAAAGAGGAGAUAGAGCAGGUUUACAAGCAGGAAUGCGAAACAGUGAUAAGUGUAGUUAAGAUGUUAGUGAGGAAUGAUCCAAGACUGGAAGGUCUGUUACAGAAUGCAGUGCGUCGCACCUUGCAGGAUAUGGGACGAAGAUGUGUGCAAGAGCUUGAGAAGCAGGCUCGUCCUGGAACAUAGAUUCCUUCGCUUUCUUAUUAGCUCAGUCCUCAUCAAUGC